UCAUUUGAUUGUAAUGAUAAAAUUUGUUAAUAUCAUUAAAAUCGUAGAAUAUCCACCAUUAUAGUGAGACGCCUCUAGUGAGAGCUAUCCAGUUGAGGAAAAUUGAAAAAAUAAUGAGCUGAAAUGCAUAAAUUAUUGCUUCUCGUAUUCCUCGCUACGACAUCGGCUGAGUUCCUGCCGAAUGGCUGCCCGACAGACUUCCACCAGCAUGUGUUGUUGCCCCACGAGACGGAUUGCACCAAAUUUUACUACUGUAACUAUGGCAACAAACUUCUCAGAGAAUGCCCGGGCGGACUGCACUUUGAUCCAGUUUUGCAGGUAUGCAACUGGCCGGAUGUUGCACAGUGUCAAUUAACGACUGGAGAUCCUAUUGAAACGACUAACCCACCAAUAACUACAGAGGGCACCACUGCUGACAGUACUACCACACCAACGACUACAGAGGGCACCACUACUGUCAGUACUACCACACCAACGACUACAGAGGGCACCACUACUGACAGUACUACCACACCAACGACUACAGAGGGCACCACUACUGUCAGUACUACCACACCAACGACUACAGAGGGCACCACUACUGUCAGUACUACCACACCAACGACUACAGAGGGCACCACUACUGUCAGUACUACCACACCAACGACUACAGAGGGCACCACUACUGUCAGUACUACCACACCAACGACUACAGAGGGCACCACUACUGUCAGUAUUACCACAUCGACGACUACAGAAGGCACCACUACUGUCAGUACUACCACACCAACGACUACAGAGGGCACCACUACUGUUAGUACUACCACACCAACGACUACAGAGGGCACCACUACUGUCAGUACUACCACACCAACGACUACAGAGGGCACCACUACUGACAGUACUACAGAGGAGGUCACUACUGUCAGUACUACCACACCGACGACUACAGAGGGCACCACUACUGACAGUACUACCACAUCGACGACUACAGAAGGCACCACUACUGUCAGUACUACCACACCAACGACUACAGAGGGCACCACUACUGUCAGUACUACCACACCAACGACUACAGAGGGCACCACUACUGACAGUACUACAGAGGAGGUCACUACUGUCAGUACUACCACACCGACGAUUACAGAGGGCACCACUACUGACAGUACUACCACACCAACGACUACAGAGGGCACCACUACUGUCAGUACUACCACAUCGACGACUACAGAAGGCACCACUACUGUCAGUACUACCACACCAACGACUACAGAGGGCACCACUACUGUCAGUACUACCACACCAACGACUACAGAGGGCACCACUACUGACAGUACUACAGAGGAGGUCACUACUGUCAGUACUACCACACCAACGACUACAGAGGGCACCACUACUGUCAGUACUACCACACCAACGACUACAGAGGGCACCACUACUGACAGUACUACCAAAUCGACGACUACAGAAGGCACCACUACUGUCAGUACUACCACACCAACGACUACAGAGGGCACCACUACUGACAGUACUACCACAUCGACGACUACAGAAGGCACCACUACUGUCAGUACUACCACACCAACGACUACAGAGGGCACCACUACUGUCAGUACUACCACACCAACGACUACAGAGGGCACCACUGCUGACAGUACUACCACACCAACGACUACAGAGGGCACCACUACUGACACUACUACAGAGGAGGUCACUACUGUCAGUACUACCACAUCAACGACUACAGAGGGCACCACUACUGACAGUACUACAGAGGAGGUCACUACUGUCAGUACUACCACACCAACGACUACCACUCCGGCAUUAUGUCCACCGGGCACGUUCGGGAACGUUCCUCAUCCGGAACUGUGCAAUUCGUACUACCUGUGCACGGGAGGUAUUGCGAUACAACUGUACUGCCCGGACGGGCAAGAAUUUGACCCUGAGAUAAAGAGAUGCGUAGACAUCACCCCUGGCGGUUGUACACUCGGUCAGGCAACAACUACUGAUCAGUCGACGAGCGGCACUAGUACUGACUCCAUUGACGGUCCCACUGUGGACACAGACUCCACCACUCAAAGCACCACAUCUGCACAGACGGAAACGACUGUGAAUGAUAUAACGACCUCACCGGGAGACAUUUCUACAGACGAAACGACGACCGCUACUACUGACUCGGGCGAUUUAACAGAAAGUACCACUUUCAGUAGCCCAACGUCCACGACCAGUGAUAUUGUUGUUACCGAAGAAUCGACCACUAGUCCAGAGUCCACUGCUACUACCAGUGAAGCGAGUACCACGACGGAUUCUAUACAGACGACGACUCCGUCUUUGUGUCCGCCGGGCGCGUUCGGGAACGUUCCUCAUCCGGAACUGUGCAACUCGUACUACCUGUGCACGGGAGGUAUUGCGAUACAACUCUACUGCCCGGACGAACAGGAAUUUGAUCCUGAGGCAGAGAGAUGCGUAGAUAUCGCUCCCGGUGGUUGUACACUCGGUCAGGCAUCAACUACUGAUCAGUCGACGAGCGGCUCUAGUACUGACUCUACUGACGGUCCCGCUGUGGACACAGACUCCACCACUCAAAGCACCACAUCUGCACAGACGGAAACGACUGUGAAUGAUAUAACGACCUCACCGGGAGACAUUUCUACCGACGAAACGACGACCGCUACUAUUGACUCGGGCGAUUUAACGGAAAGUACCACUCUCAGUAGCCCAACGUACACGACCAGUGAUAUUGUUGUCACCGAAGAAUCGACCACUAGUCCAGAGUUCACUGCUACUACCAGUGAGGCGAGUACUACGACGGAUCCUAUACAGACGACGACUCCGGCCUUAUGUCCGCCGGGCACGUUCGGGAACGUUCCUCAUCCGGAACUGUGCAACUCGUACUACCUGUGCACGGGCGGUAUUGCGAUACAGCUCUACUGCCCGGACGGACAGGAAUUUGAUCCUGAGGCAGAGAGAUGCGUAGACAUCACCCCAGGCGGUUGUACACUCGGUCAAGCGACAACUACUGAUCAGUCGACGAGCGGCGCUAGUACUGACUCCACUGACGGUCCCACUAUAGACACAGACUCCACCACUCAAAGCACCACAUCUGCACAGUCGGAAACGACUGUGAAUGAUAUAACGACCUCACCGGGAGACAUUUCUACAGACGAAACGACGACCGCUACUACUGACUCGGGCGAUUUAACGGAAAGUACCACUCUCAGUAGCCCAACGUACACGACCAGUGACAUUGUUGUCACCGAAGAAUUGACCACUAGUCCAGAAUCCAUUACUGUCACCAGUGAAGCGAGUACCACGACGGAUUCUAUACAAACGACGACUCCGCCCUUGUGUCCGCUGGGUGCUUUCGGGGCUGUUCCUCAUCCGGAACUGUGCAACUCGUACUACCUGUGCACGGGAGGUAUUGCGAUACAACUGUACUGCCCGGACGGACAGGAAUUUGAUUCCGAGAUAGAGAGAUGCGUAGACAUCACCCCUGGCGGAUGUACAGUCGGUCAGGCAACAACUACUGAUCAGUCGACAAGCGGCACUAGUACUGACUCCACUGACGGGCCCACUGUGGACACAGAUUCCACCACUCAAAGCACCACAUUUGCACAGACGGAAACGACUGUGAAUGAUAUAACGACCUCACCGGGAGACAUUUCUACCGACGAGACGACGACCGCUACUACUGACUCGGGCGAUUUAACGGAAAGUACCACUCUCAGCAGCCCAACGUACACGACCAGUGAUAUUGUUGUCACCGAGGAAUCGACCACUAGUCCAGAGUCCAUUACUGUCACCAGUGAAGCGAGUACCACGACGGAUUCUAUACAGACGACGACUCCGCCCUUGUGUCCGCCGGGCACGUUCGGGAACGUUCCUCAUCCGGAACUGUGCAACUCGUACUACCUGUGCACGGGAGGUAUUGCGAUACAGCUCUACUGCCCAGACGGGCAAGAAUUUGAUCCUGAGACAGAGACGUGUCUGCUAAUCGCUUCUGGUGGUUGCACGUACAAUGAAGUAACGUCAACUCCAAUAGAGAUAACCGAGGUCACCAAUUCACGUUCGACGAUUACAAAUGAACCAGUAGCAACGACCGAAAGUGUAACGACGACUCCGGCAUUAUGUUCGCCGGGCACGUUCGGGAACGUUCCUCAUCCGGAACUGUGCAACUCGUACUACCUGUGCACGGGAGGUAUUGCGAUACAGCUGUACUGCCCGGACGGGCAGGAAUUCGAUUCUGGUAUCAAGCAAUGCGUGUUAAUUACCAGCGAUGGCUGUACAGCGUCAAAUGCUGUGAAGAAUUUAUUUUUAGAUAUGUUUAAUGUAAAAUAAAUAUAUUUGUGAUGCAUUAAAUUAUAAUAAAUUAUAGAAAAAAAAAUAUAUAUUUAAUACGUACAUAUAAAUAAA